CGUUCGGGGCUUAUCGGGGCCCUGCCACACGGCUGGCCCUUUAUCAGCGCAGGCCUGGCACGGCCGGUGCAGUGACGGUGCCUCCUGCCCCAUGCACACACCCCCGGAGAUGUGUCUGUGCGGGGCCGUACUGGCCCUGUGCUGCACGGCAGCUGCGGCCUGGCUGCAGGUGUCCGUGGGCCCCUCGCCGGGGCGGGGACGCCCCGGGCAGCGCGUGGUGCUGGAGAGCCUCUUCGGGGCCGGCGACCCGCCCCUGGACCGGAGCAGCUGCAGGUGCCGUGGGGGCACGAGGGGCGCACGGUGCUGGAGCUCGCCGGGGCGGGGCGGGGCGGGCGGCGCGGGCGGGACCCAGCCUGGCCGAGGACGAGGGGAGGAGCUGGAACCUCUCGCUGGUGCUGCAGGGCGUCACCCCCAGCGACAGCCGGGCCUGGACCUGCUGCGUCCUCUGCCCGCCGACCAGGCCCAGGGCAGCCUCACCCUGCGCGUGGCAGACCCGUCGGCGCCCCCCGACGCCUGCCCCCUAGGCGGGGGCGCCCCACGGCUGCGGCAGCUGGAGGAGGCGAUUGGGGGCUGCGUCCGCUCGGCCAGCGAGCUGCAGGGGCACCUGGCCUGGCUGGCUGCCGAGGUGAAGAGGUGUCUGGGCAGCCCGGAGGCCGAGGAGCGCCCGCCCCGGGCAGAGGCUGCGAGCGCCAACCGGACGGCGCAGGCCUGAGCCCGGGGGUCGGGGGCUGGUCGUCCGCCCAGCGCCCGCUGGGCUUGCAGCGUCCCCGGGCACAGCCCCCGCAGCCACGGGGCUGGGAUCCCCGGGGACGGACGGGGACACCCACCUCCUGGCAACGGCUUCGUGUCUGCAGGGCGUGACCGCCACUCCGGGGGGCCGGGAUCCCGCGCCUACAGGGGGACACAGGCCCCGUCUGCCCUGUGGGGCUCUGGGCUGACUUGAGCCGCUGGGGACGCCGGGGGCCGGAUGUCAGAGGGGGAGGCCGGCUGGGUACAGGGGCUGACGGCUGGGCGCCCGUGGGGGGUCUGUGUCCCUGCCCUGCUGGCUGAGCCGCUGGGAGACCCCGGGUAGCGAGCUGGGCGGGGACCGCGGGGUGGGGGCGUCCAUGGGGGGCUGUUGUUCGGCGUGUCGGGAGGGGGCUGCGCGGUGUGUGAUCCCUGCCCAGCGCGGUGCCAGCUGCAGCGCACGGAUAAGGAAUAAAACGCUGGGUUGAUCAAUACAAAGUGACGCACGCUGGAAAACAUCAUCCCAACGACAGGCACAGGAUGAUGGGGCUGAAUGAGCUGUCACCACUCCAGAGAGAUCUCGGAGUCACUGUGGCGAGGUCUCUGAAAACACCCUCGCAAUGGGCAGCGGCCGACACAAAAGCGACCAGAAUGCUGGGAAUCCGCAAGAAAGGGAGAGAGGAUAAGGCUGAACGUAUCAUGUUGCCUCUCUAUCGAUCCCUGGUUCGCCCACGUCUUGAACACUGGGUGCGAUGUGGUCGCCCCAUCUCAAAAAAGAUAGACUGGAAUUGGAAAAGGUUCAGAAAAAGGCAACAAUGGUUAGGGG